AUGGUGGACAAAGUUAAAGUAAGCAAGGGCACAGGUUGGACAUUUGAAAACCAGUUCUUGAUUCUUAAAGACUGGCAAGAAGAUCUUCAUACUGAUCACCCAAUCUUCAUGGAGCUUGCCUUAUGGGUCCAAGUGUGGAAUCUGCCUCUUGACUGGUGUUCAACAAAGGUGGGGUCUAAAGUAGGCAGUGUCUUCAACCAAGUGAAGAAUGUCUCGAUUCCGCAAAGUGGUUGGCUUGCAGGUAAAUGCAUCAGACUGCUAGUUACUAUAGACUUGGAUCAGCCAUUAUUGAGGUGUGCUUCAUUGAUGCUCCAAAACAGAAAAAUACUGGUGGAUUUCAAAUAUGAAAAACUAGUCAGCUUGUGCUUCUAUUGUGGCUUUCUAUGCCACCAGGAUAGGAAUUGUGUGGUGAGAUCAGAGGACAUUAAACAGGGUACAGUGAAAGAAGGUUUAUUUGGGGAAUGGCUCAGAGCUCAAGACUACCCCCACCUUCAUCAUUCUUCUUCUCGCAAUGAUAACUCUGAAUCUCCUAAACCCAGUAAUAGUUCCCCUUCUAAACCCUCAUCACCUGAUAAAGCCUCAUCCCUCAUAUUUGAAUCAGAGAAUCCUCCCUUUCAUUCUCCUCCUCUACCUAAAUCUCACAUCUACCCUCCUGUUAUACCCCCUUCUAUCACUGAACCUUCAUCUUCUCCUAAUAACUUGAAUUCUGAUCAUCUUAUGGUAGUUGAAUCACUCUGCUCCUCAGAUAAUUCAUCCCCACCCAUUCCUCCUCCUUCUGAUUUUACUCCUAUCCCUCCCACCUCCGAUUUAAUCUCUAUCCCUCCCCUCUCCCCCCCUCCCCUCCCCCCUUCUGCCAAAACCAGAAAAUAG